GACGAACAAGGCUCAUCAAACUCUCUCUCUCUCUCUCUCUCUCUCUCUCUCUCUCUCUCUCUCUCUCUCUUUGACCUUUAAUCUCCCUUUUCUCCUUUUAAUCUUUCUUUCUCACCUAUUUUCUCCUUCUUUCUUUCAUUUUCACCCUUUAUCAUUUUAUCCUCUCCUCUCUCUCCUCCAAACUUGUACCACUACAAGGAAAAGGAAAAGUCAGAAUGGGUUGUCGUCUCACUCGGACCAAGGCCAAGACUCAUGAACCUUCUCAUCACCGACACCGCGAGGAGCUGCACUUUGUGGAUGAGUAUGGCCAGCCAAUCACGAUGCAAGUGGAGGCAAGAAGGGAGCACGGUCACCAGAGGCGGCGGUCUCGCUGCGCAAACGAGUGCAACGUUCCGACAGAAAGACACUGGGAGGCCCUGAGAGCCAUGGGACUUAUGGAAGGAGAGGGAGGCCAGGGAGAUGGCUACAGUGCAGGGCCAUACUAUGGUCACAUGACUGUGUCACCUGACCUGUACUCCGCCAAUAGUCACAUGAUGAUGUCGCCUGAUAUCUAUGCACCCAAUGGCUACCUACCCAGAUCAUCUAAUGACCAGCACCCGGGUAACAGCUACCUGCCCAGCGUCUCCUACAGUUUAGAUCACCUGGACAGACUGGAGUACCAGGGUCCAGAAAUGUUGCCCUACCAACCUAACUCAGAGAGUUGUCUGAUUGGCUGCUACAACACAGAAGAGAUGGAGCCAAAUCAUUUCCCCAGACAGUCUGACUAUCAGCCUCCUUGGCGGACUGAUCGUCUUCUUGGGUACCUUCCCCUCAGUGAGCUUGACAGCGGGCUGGGAUGUGGCCCUGACAGCCCACACCACCAUAUGGCACUCUCCGAGGCCGAGACAGAUGCCAUGUCAUCACUACCAGGUCACACCCCUUCCUCCCAAGGCUCCUCCUCUUCCUCCGAGUCCUUGAUUUCCUCUGAACCCAGCGACUCAGGUUUCCACAGCGUCAGCACCGGGGAGCACAGGCUACUACAUAAGAUUCAUGGAAGCCACGCUCACCGACAAACUCACCAUCUCCUCUCAGGCCACUCCCCUCGAGAGCAGAGAGGACGCUGGGAUUUGGAGUCCAUCCCUGAGACGACUCCGAUGACUCACUCUGGAGCACCACAGGCGUCCCGCUGCACUGUUGGUAACAGCACGACCACAACAGUUCACUUCCACAGAGCUGAGAGAAGUCCCACCUUACCUCGCCACCGCUCGCCGCCUUCCCCUUCCAUUGGUUGCCAUACUGAGCCCUGCCAACGGAGGGCGCUGUGGUUGGAACAGCAGCAGGGAGGAGGCGGGAUGACAGAGGCUCCAGUGCGGAGUAGAACAAUAACAGAUUUGAGUGAAGGACAGCGGCAGCGCAGGGCCAGUCACCCCAACAUGGCAGAUCCAAACACUCAGACAAACAGCAUCCAGAACAGUCAACCUCGAACAGCCAGCAACACACUGGGGCCGAGGAGCAGGGCCAGUUAUCCCAGUAACUGUCGCCCCGCCAGUCACCUCAGCAUAGACAGAACCACUCUGACCAAUCAUCAGAACGCACUGAGAAACAGCAAAGGCAUGAGCCGGAGCAGAGAGGACUCCCUCUCUAAGAGUCCUGGAUCUGGUUCCAGUGGUGCGUCGGACUGGCGUGGGUUUCAGACUCUUGGGAAUCGCACUGGCAUCCCUAAAGGUCCCUCUGUUCCUUUUUACAGCACACUGGGAACCCCACAACAUAAACCUCGCUCUCCACCCUCACCCCGCUCUAGACUGUCCAAUCAGAAGUCAGUCAGGAACCAGCUCUUGAGAGCCCGAGCUUACCGAUUGGCCAGGGAACGCAGUGAGGUCACAACAGAUGAGGAGGUGCGAGGAGAAGGGGAGAGAGAAGGUGAGGAUGAAGGGGACGAUGGACGAUGGGCGGGGCGAUACUGGAACCGGACCGAAAGGAGACGCCACGUGGCGUUAUCACGGCAACACAGAGAAAGAAGGGGAGGAGGGGAGGAGCAUGCCGGGGGACUUCAGGGGUCGCUGUCGUCACAAACGGUGCUGGAACUGAGCCACAUGAAGCAGAACCGACUGAGGAACAGCAAGCUGCUUGAUGAUUGGACAACUGUGGAGGAGCUGCUGACUCAUGGGACACGAGUGGAAAGCGAUAGUCAGCUAUGUCCCAGCCCUCUGUUAUCAGUUACAACUGUCUGA